UUUGUCGGCUGCAGCGAAGCUAGUGCAUACGAGAAGGUAGAUGAGAGCAAAGGAGGCCUCCUCGGUAUGGGCACAUUUGGAGAGGUAUCACGGGCGCGGCAUAUCCUGAGCGGACAAGAAGUGGCUCUGAAGAAGAUCAAAAUCCAGGCCAAUGAAUCUCACAAUGGCAUGCCAAUCACAGCAAUCCGUGAGAUCAAGUUGCUCAAGAGGCUCUCUCACCCAAAUGUCUGUCCAGUGGUGGACAUGGUCUAUGAGCCGCCCUCGGAGGCUUCGACUGGCAGCGGAACAGUCUACAUGGUCCUGCCGUACAUGGAGCAUGACCUGAAUGGCCUGAUCGAGAGGCUCGACAGUGAAGACAAGCCAUUCACCCCCGCCCAGAUCAAGUUGUACGCCAAGCAGCUCUUCGAAGGCACACUUUACCUUCAUCAGAACAAGAUUCUGCAUCGCGAUAUCAAAGCUGCAAAUAUCCUGAUCUCAAAUGACGGCUCUCUUCGGAUCGCUGAUUUUGGUCUUGCUCGGCCGUACCACGACCCAGGAGCAGCUUCGGGCCACGUCAACUACACGGGCAUGGUCGUCACUCGAUGGUAUCGUCCACCUGAGCUCCUCGCUGGCGAGCGCCGCUACGGUCCAGCAGUCGACAUGUGGGGUCUCGGUUGUCUCUUGGCGGAAAUGAUUGUCAGACGACCCAUGUUCAAAGGAUCUUCAGAGAUCAAUCAGCUCGAGUUGAUCGUCGACCUGUGUGGAUCUCCCGGAGAGGACUGCUACCCAGGCUGGACCUCUCUGCCGGGAGUGAAAAACGUCGACAAUACUGGCCAGAUCAAGGCGGACAAGAAUGAGAAGGGCAGACAUGACUUUGGGAAGAAGCCUCGAUGCGUGAGGGAGAACGAGCUAGCGGACUUAAUCGACCGAUUGCUAGUCCUGGACCCACGCAAGCGUCUCACGGCCGAAGGCGCCCUCGCGCACAAGUGGUUUGAUGUAGAGCCCCUCCCUGCCGAUCCU